AUGAGCGUCGAGGCCGCCGUCCAAGACCAAGGGCUCGUCAUCCCGCUCAUCGACUUUUCCGCCUUUCUCCAGGGGACGCCCGCCGCGCGCGCCGCAACCGCGCGCGCGCUGCUAGCAGGUUUCCAGACGGCGGGCUUCGUGUACCUGCGGGCGCACCCGAUCGCGGCCUCGACGCUGCGCGCCGUCUUUGCCCGCUCCGCGGCCUUUUUCGCGCAGCCGCUCGCCGCCAAGGACGCGCUGCGGCUGACCGACGCCGCCGCCAACCGCGGCUACCUGCGGCAGGGCCGGGAGCGGCUCGUCGACGCCCGCGGCGCGCAGACGGCCGCGGGCGCGGAGCUCAAGGAGAGCCUCGAGAUUGGCCGCGAGCCGCACGACGUGUUCCGCAACCACUGGCCGGCUGCGGACGCCGUCGACGGGUUCCGCGAGGUCAUGAUGGGCUUCUUCGCGGAAUGCCAGGCGCUGCACGCGCAGGUCAUGAGCGCCGUCGCCGUCGGGCUCGGGCUGCCGGAGACGUACUUUGACGCGGCGGAUGUCUUCAAGACCAACGCCGGCCAAGUCCGCGCCGGCGAGCACUCUGAUUACGGCUCCAUCACGCUGCUGUUCCAGGACGGCCGCGGCGGCCUGCAGGUCAAGUCGCCGUCGGGCACGUUUGUAGACGCCACGCCGAUUCCCGAUACCAUUGUUGUCAACGCCGGCGACCUGCUCGCCCGCUGGAGCAACGACACUAUCAAAAGCACCGUGCACAGGGUCGUCGAGCCCCCGCACGACGACGACUCUGUCGAGGUGUAUCCCGCACGCUACAGCAUCGCCUACUUUUGCAACCCGAAUGCCGACAGCGUCAUCGAGGCCAUGCCCGGCACGUACGCCGACGAGGCCGAUAAAAAGUACGAGAGCAUCACGAGCGGCGACUACCUGUAUCAGCGACUGGCCGCCACUUAUUAG